UCAAGCCAUGACUCUCUGCAUGCACUUCUAUUGCUAUCUGAUUCUGCUCUACCCCUAGGAUCUUUCGCGUUCAGUAGCGGCCUAGAAUCCUUUCUCGGACACAAGAAAUUCCUCGCGACGAGCACAGGUACCAAUACAUCGAAAUCCUCAGCGACAUGGCCAACACAACAAGCACAACAUUUCCAAACGUUCCUUUCUUCCUCACUGCAAAACACAGCUAAUAUCGCGCUGCCUUACGUCCUUGCUGCCUAUUAUCAUCCAGAACUUCUUCCACAGCUAGACAAUGACUUUGAUGCCAGCACGCCUUGUACGGUGGCACGACGAGCGAGCAUUGCUCAAGGGAAAGCCCUCGUAGCUGUGUGGGAGCGAGCGCUCUGCCAUUCAGGUCUCUGGGCAUCUGCAGGAGGCGCGCCAGCGAAAGCGCGACAAGCUCAUGAUCUGCUAAAAGCUUUUGCAUUUUCUCUGAAAACCCCAACAGCAUCACCGUUUCAAGAAAUUUUUGAAAUUCCUCUCAACGCGCACCUUGCGCCGCUUUUUGGGGCAGUAUGUCGCGCUGCGCACCUCAGUGCGGCGGACGUUGCGUAUACGUUCCUGUUGAAUCAUGCCAAAGCUGUCGUAUCAGCAGGUGUUCGUGCCGGCGUGCUUGGGCCUUAUCAAGCUCAGGCAAUCUUGGCAGGAUCAAGAUUGCGCCAAGAUCUGGCAGAGAAUCUCGAGAAGUUACUGGGGAGCACUUCAGCGAUAGCGGAUGAAGAUCCACGCACUGCAGAGGAAUGGAUGCAGAAGGUGCAAGAUGCCGCCAUAUGCGUUCCUGUUAUGGAUCUGUGGAUGGGCAGGCACGAGCUCCUAUACUCUAGAAUUUUCAAUUCCUGA